AUAAGAAAUUUGUCAUUUCAAUUGCAAUCUAAUAAUGAUUGAGACUUUAGAAUUAAAUUCAUCGUCUACUGCAGAUAAAUCUAUCUCACCUGAUAUGACUGAGCUUAUCAUCCUGCUUGUAUAGUUGCUUCGGGGGAGACAGCGCAGUGAGAAUAAGUGGCUGUGAAAGUUAAGAGCUGUGUGUAUAUAAUCCCUUGCAGUGCAAUGAAUGUGUUUCAAAUCACUCUAAUUCUAUCAACUAUACUUAAAAUCUCCUCGGGGGGAUCCAUAAAAAAUCUCAGUGAACACUUUAGGUCCAUGUCCAUGGAGAGGCAGGAGCAGAAGACGAUGGAGGAGGCACUUUUGAUAUUUUUCGAAGAAUUCCGGUGCCGCAUGCGAAUGGAGAUGGUAGAUCUUAAUCUCCCAACACUGGAUCCAUUCACCGAGGAUUUUAUGGAUGUUGAAUUGGAUCAUGAACUGGGCCAUGUCACGGGAGUCCUGUCGAAUCUCCGAAUUGAUGGAUUAUCGGAUUUUGUGGUGAAUGAUUUGGAAUUUAAUUUUGAGAAGCUCGACUUAUGGAUAGAUGCUACGCUACCGCGACUUUCGCUGGCGGGAUGGUAUGACAUUGAUGGGGAACUUGGUGGAUUAUUGCCAAUAUUUGGUCAUGGAAAUUUUUCCAUUGUCCUGGCGGAAAUGCAUGUAAGCAUGAAUGCAACAAUAGGGUACGAUGGUUUUGAUGUUGUAUGGGAAAUGCCCGAAUUUCAAAUGGACUUUCAUUUGGGCGCUUUAACCACAGCCAUUGAAAAUUUGUUCAAUGAUGACGAACUCGCGGACUUCUUCAAUUUAGCAUUCACAACAUUGGGCAGCGAAAUUGUUGAUGUGAUGUUUCCGGAAAUUGAGCCACAAAUUGCCGAUAUGGCCAAACAGAUGACGCCUGAAAUGCUAAAUGGAGUGACCAUUGAUGAAUUUUUGGACAUUAUCUUCCUCAUUGAGCCCUUUUUCCCCGAUUUACCAGACGAUGAAAUUUGUGAAUAUGAAAUUAACUACCCCAAAGUAAUGGAAAAUGCCCCAAAAUCAAUGGAAAUAAGACAUGGAGGUGCAAUGUAAUUUCAAUUUAAUGAUAGGAUUUAUGUACUUAAUAUUCUUACAACCAUUAUUAUUAUUUUUUUCUUCAUACUCUUUUUUUUUUAAUUUUGUUCUCAGAUUAUGCAAUUUAUAUAUAAAUCUAAUAAUGUAAUGAUCAAUUUUGGAAGAAAAAUAAAUGUUGUUUUUUUUACAUAAACUCCUUCUAUAAGAUUAUUUAGGACAUAUUUUAUUUUCUUUUUUUUCCAUCAACUCAAGACUAAUAGUAACCAGUCUAAAUGAGAAAUUAUGGUAUUAAGUCUAAAAUAAAUUAAUUAUUCUAUACAAUAUUGAGAUAUUAGUUUAGUAAAAAAAAUUCACAUUAUGUUUAAAGAAAUACAAAUAGUGCUAAAGAUUCGAUUCGUAUAAUUUUUAAAAUUUGUAAAAUGAAGUUUAAAAUCUAAAAGCUUUCUAAAAAUGUUUUUUUUUUCUCUAAAUUUCGUUUCAUAAUUCACGUCAAUUCUUUUUUUUAAUUUAUUAUUAAUUACAAUAGAUUCUAGCAAUUGAAUUUCAUUUCUUUUUUUUUAAUUCAUUAAAUAAAUGAUUUUUACAAUGUUUUUUUUUUAUUCCAUAAAUAUAAAUAUUCUCCCAUUUUUUUAUUAAAUUGUGUUAACCAGAAUUCUUUUUUUUUUCCUUCAUGUUACAUUUUUUUGGUGGACGUUGUUGCAAAAAAUUUUCUUUCACUCCCUCCACAACAUGGCGGGGAAUUGGUGAAUAUUUAAAAUAGCGUGUGUUGUCUUCAUCUCACGUAAAUAUAUAAAUAUACCAUGGUUCGUCGGAAUUGUAAUGUAAAAUAUUAAAUUUUUUUUAUACUUUUGGUGGGGAGUAUUGUGGUAAAUUUUUUUUCUUUCAUCUAAUCUCCAUCUUUGUUUGAUAAGUAUGGCAAAGCUUUCUACCGUUGUACAGGUACAUUUAAAAAUUUAUUGGGAAACAAUUUUUUGUAUAGGGUUGUUCACAAAAGUUGCAAAAUCGUCAUUACUUUUCAAUAUUUUCAUAUUUUGAUCGAAGAAGAAUUUUGAUAUAAAUUUUAAUUAUUCAUGAAGUUUUUCAUUGCAUUUCUGGGCAAAUCUCUUCUCAGAAAGUUGUUCGUCUACAAAUUUUUUUCACGUCUAGUAAAAUAUUUUCCAAAGGUGUCAUAAAAGCCUCAAAAUGAAUAAACUCCCUUCUCAAUUCUCUUAACAAAAAUCGAAAUUUUUACAUACCAAUAUUCUGUUCUCUUUUAUAUAAAAUUUUAAAAUAAGUUGCAAGUUUUGCUACUAAACCCCUGUGUUUUGUGACUCUAUGCAAUGGUAGAUAAUUUUCAAAAUUUGUGAGAAUAUAUUUUUUUUGACUGUGUUUAUUCUUUUUGUUGUUGUAUCCAAAGCCUGUAUUUAAGUUCCUUUUUUAUGUAGAAAUUUCUUUUCUGUGGGAUUUUAUACGCGAGUAUAUUGUAAAAAUGUUGUUUCAAAUACAUAUUAUUUAUGUAUGUUAUAUACACAUCUCAUGAAGAUCCGAAUUGAAAAAUAAA